AUCAAACAUUAUCAUUCUUUAUUUCUUUUAUUUCAGCCCUCAUCCUUCCACUCAGUCAAACAAUCCGACAACUAGCGGAAUCCUACUCCAGCUUUGCUAGCUCUGCCAAAGGAGAAGCUCCACAUGACUUCCCGAGCUCACAAGAUGGUGGCCCUAGCUCGGGCCAAGAUCAAAGAAGGAGCAGUCCCCUGGUCAUCUACUACGAACCCUGAGUCUUCCAACAUGGAUGACGUUCCCUGGGACAUGUCACCUAUUCCUCCACCACCAUCAGCAACUGAAGCAAUCGAAGAAGACCUUGCGUUUGAUGCUAACCCUGCUUUAGAAAUUGCAGUCCUGGAAACGAUGGAACCGAAGACUGGUCCGGAACUUGCAUCCCAGUCUUCCAACAUGGAUGACGUUCCCUGGGACAUGUCACCUAUUCCUCCACCACCAUCAGCAACUGAAGCAAUCGAAGAAGACCUUGCGUUUGAUGCUAACCCUGCUUUAGAAAUUGCAGUCCUGGAAACGAUGGAACCGAAGACUGGUCCGGAACUUGCAUCCCAACGACUGGAAGCAGAGCCCCUUCCUCAUCAACAGCAUGCUGUUAGCACAUCCAGCAUCCCAGCGGAGACCUUGAACGACGUUCCAGGAGCGGAUCAAAACAAGGAAUCGUCAGAAAGCAGCUUAAGAAGUGAAUCGGCAUCGGGCAGCGAUUCUUCAUCCGAAAGCAGCUCGAGCAGUGGUUCGUCAACCAGCAGGAGCCCCUCGUCAUUGUCUUCCAGCUCAUCGUCAGAAUCAUCCGACGAUGACAAUGCUGAUUCUGCUACCGGAACGACCAAAGGUGGAAGCGUUUACGUAGGCAGGAAAAGGUCAAAACCAAAGCCACAUCAAUGGAAGAAGGAGAAAUUGAAGAAACUAGUUCGAAGUGGGAAAUCCCACAAAACAAGGGGUGGAAACGUCAUUCAGAAGAACGUCCCACGUCCGGCAGCCUGUGACAAAUGUCGGAUGAAGUGCCAAGAUCGGUUUUCCGAGAAAGACCGUCGACAGAUCAACGCCACCUUUUGGGCUCUUGGUAACACUACCACACAAAAGCAAUACAUCAAAGGUUCAGUUGAACUUCAUACUCCAAAUCGCCAAGAAGGAGCAGAAAAGCGGCGAACCUUCAGUCGAAAGUACUUUUUAAAGAAAGGCUCCGAAAACCUUCCGGUUUGCAGGGAUUUUUUCCUGCGAACCCUUCAUGUAAGCAACACGUUCGUGGACAUGAGUUUGUCUCCCGUACUCCAUGGAGCAGUCGACCCAACAGAAAAGCGUGGCUGGCAGGCGGGAAAAGCCAAAAAGUACGGUGCUGAUGUGGUGGAAAACAUCAAGCGCCAUAUCGAGAGCUUCCCGGUGACUGAAUCUCACUACAACAGAGAGCGCGGACAUCGAUACCUGGAUUCCAACUUGUCAAUGCACCAGAUGUACCUGAUGUAUCUCGAUCUACCUGACGACGUAAUCAAGGCAAAGGAAUGGAAAUAUCGCGAAGUAUUCGACACCUACAAAAUCAAGUUCGGUCUUCCUACCAUUGACACCUGUGAUACGUGCGCUGUUCUACAGGGGGGUGAGAAAGAAGCCCACGAAAAAGCUUUUAAGGAAGCCAUCACUACAAUGCAAAAAGACAUCGAGCUUGCAAAAAACAACCCAGAUGUGAUGACGGUUACUUUUGACCUCCAGCAAGUCCUUCCUUGUCCUCUCUAUCCGUCCAAGGAGUGGUUCUACAAGCGGAAGCUGAACGUUUACAACCUCACGGUAUACCCAGCAAGGGGUCAAUGCCGAUGCUACACAUGGCACGAAGGACAAGCAAGACGAGGAGCGUUGGAGGUAGCCAGUGCAUUGCGGCUCUUCAUCAAAGACCACCCAGCAGUAAAGCGAUGGAUUCUGUGGUCUGAUAGCUGUGGGGGACAAAACCGAAAUCGGUUUUUCGUGGCCGCAAUGCUGCAUUUAUUCUCUUUGGGUGGGAUCUCCAGCAUCGAGCUGAAGUACCUGAUACCUGGCCACACGAUGAUGGACGCUGACAAGGCCCACGCUCGAAUCGAAAGAGCCAAGAGGAAAGACAUGAUCAUUCUCUACCCAACAGACUGGAACAUGUUCAUCCGGUCUGUUCCCUCACGGCGAGAGUCGACGAGGCUCGUCGUUGUACCCAUGAACAAGGAGGACAUCCACGACGUUAAGGGACUCUUCGAGACGAAAGGACCUCUGGUUCACCGUAAAAAAAGCCCCAAAAGCUCGACAGAAAUCAACUGGCUGGAAACACGCUGGAUCUUCAUUCGAAACACCACCUCCUUCAGCUUCAAAUACGAUUUCGAUGAAGGGCCAAUGAACCAGAUGAGCUGGGAGCGCCGAGGAGUUACGGCAUUCCCAACGGCUCUGCCCGUCGCUUACCCCGAAGGCAAUCCGAUUUCUUCAGCAAAGAAACACGACAUUCUUUCUCUGUGCCAACGAUUUGGAAGUGACGUUCGUGCCUUCUACAUGAACCUCAAAACCAACGAUGCGGAGGAUUUAGAUACUGAUGAAUAG